ACUCCCAUCCACUCCGCCUCAGCAGUCUCGUCACAACACUAGUGGAAUCGAGCGCGGAGCUGCUGGAGUUGCGCUGAGAGGAGAGAAAAAGCGCGCCGCGGAUAUUUGAUUUUUGAAUUGCAGACACAUUCUUAAAUAUUUAUUUCUUGGUGUUUUUGCCUAUAUUUGGUCAUUUCCAUACCGUUGUUGUCAGUCUGCUGGAUUAAAUGCUUUUGAAAAGGUUACUUUUGUGGGACUUUCACCUGGCACGCACGCAGGAUGGGAGAUGAGCGCGUCCUCUGAAUUAAGGCUCUAUGAUCUAUGAUCUAUGAUGACCCCCGCCAGAGGGAAUAGCUGAUCCUUUUUCCCCCCCAUCACCCCAAUGAUGACUAUGAGUUCAAUCUCGGACUCUUUGGUUCCCAACACUGAUCCGUCCAAGUCUGCGUUCCUGGAGUUCGGCGGCCACGCGUACCCGGGCCCCGGGCAGGGCUCCCCGGCCCUGUCCCACGGACACUAUCCGGUGCACGGGCUGCACGGCGUGGGCGUGGGCCCCGCGCAGCACGACGGACACUUCUCCGCCGGGGCGUCCUCGUACGGCCGCCCGCUCGGGUACGCGCCCUACCACAGCCCCGUGAGCGCGCACCACCCCGGGACCUACCUGUCCUACGCGCACGGAGGCCACGGCGGCGCGCUGGCGCACUCCAGGCUGGAGGAGGCUGAGCACGAGAAGCCCACGGCGGUGAUAGAGAACGGGGAGGUGAGGCUCAACGGGAAAGGGAAGAAGAUCCGGAAGCCUCGGACCAUCUACUCCAGCCUGCAGCUCCAGGCGCUCAACCAGCGCUUCCAGCAGACCCAGUACCUCGCCCUGCCUGAGCGGGCCGACCUGGCAGCCAAGCUGGGCCUGACCCAGACCCAGGUGAAAAUAUGGUUCCAAAACAAACGAUCCAAGUACAAGAAGAUCAUGAAGAACGGUCCGUGUGGACCUGAAGACCACCUGGCCCCCCCGCCGCCGUCCUCGUCCUCCCCCUGCUCCCUGUGGGACAUCAGUAUUACUAACAAAGGAGCGCCCGUGCACUCCGGGGGAUACAUGAACAAUUUUGGACACUGGUACCCCGGACACCAGCAGGACUCCAUGCCCAGGACUCAGAUGAUGUGACAGGACGCGGUGCUGCCAGAACCAUUCCAGGACCAUUCCAGGACCAAUGGUGGAUUAACGCCAGUAAGCUGAGCCGGAGCCGGAGCCGGAGCCAGAACUUUGUCUGAGCCACUCUGGACGUAAAACAUGAUUUUAAAGGUACAUCUGAACUGCAGUUAAAAAUACUGCAGUGAUGAAAGAAAAACAGACUUUUCAGGUGCUCAUCGCUGCAGCCUUGAUUACACGUAUGAAUAAGUGAGAACAUUAAAUGUCAAGAGGAAGAUUUCAUUUUUAAGAGGGGAAAUAUUGUUUUAGCUGUUUUUGUUCCUUUUUUUUACGGAAGAGUAUUAGGGCCAUGCAGGAGAAAAAAUAUUUGAGAGGGGAAGAUUUUUUUUUAUUGUGCACUUUGA